GCGUAUAUAUAUAUUCUUUAUCUUCUGCAAAAAAUGAUUACUUCUACUGUGGCGGGUAUCGAGUACCCGAUUGGCUCUCGCCCAUUCCGAGUAAAAAGUGUGAGUCGGUUGAGGACUACGGCAGUGGUACAAAAAAAAAACAAGCAGACAACAAUUGCGAUUUUGCAAUCUUCUGGCAAUCUCGCAAGCAGCCACGUAUUGUGAGGGCAUUUUAACAAAAGCGUCCUGUGCUUUAAAUCUGCCGCUUCCCUCGGUGUGGAGCGGACAAAGACACGCGUCAUUGGUCAGCGCCGGCAGCCAAUCGCGAGCCGCGCCGCUCAUUAGCAUGCAGGUAUCCCACCAAUGGCGGCGCGUGUUUACCGUGCGCGCGGGGCGCCAGGCACGCAGUUGCACCGCGAGAGGAAAGCGCCGCUUGCAAGGUCGGAGGCACGAUCGAGCCAGGCCGGAAGCGUCACAUGCAGUCCCCGCUGCAUCCCGACUCCGAGGCGACUCUCAGGCCGGACGUGCCGGAGCUCCGUCCGAGCGACUUCCAGACACUUUAAAUGGGCCUCGCACUCUUCCCUGCAGCCUCACCUCCACUGGUCGGGACCUUUUAAUUCAUUCUUAGACAACAAAUUAAAAUGCCAAAAAGGUGAUCGGGUUCGACGCUUUAGGCUGCACGAGCCCCGCGACCGACUGAAUGCAACACACAGAUCCGCAUCAGAGGAUUAUUAUAUGGGCUGCGUUUGAUUUUCCUCACCGGGCCCCAUCCGGAUUGCGGAUUACUGGACAUUGUCGGGAAUGGAAGGUCGGGACUUCGCGGCUCCGGCCCACCUCCUCCCGGAGCGGGGCCCCCUGGUGCACCGAGCCACCUCUCGGAUCGCCCCCUCCGGCCACAGCUCCGUGCAGCACGCCGGUCACUUCCCCGCGGGGAAGUACUACCCGUCGCACAUACCGAUGGCCCCCCACUCAGGCAGCGGAUUGAUGGGAAAUUCCUCCGCCUCCUUCAUGGGGACCUUUCUGGCCAGCAGUCUGGGCUCGCCCCCUUCCCACCCGUCUCACCAUUCCCGGCCGCCCUCCUCGCCUUCCUCGCCCUCCUUCCGGGGCGGACCCCAUUCCGGCGCAUCGCAAAUCUGGUUCUCCCAUUCCCACGAAGCCGCCGCGGGGUAUCCUCGAUUCUCAGGGAGUCUGGCCCACACUUUUCUUCCCAUGAGCCACUUGGAUCACCAUGCCAACAGUGGAGUUCUCUAUGGUCAACACCGUUUCUAUGACACCCAAAAAGAGAACUUCUACAUUCGAGGUCUACCGUCACAGCCACCUCUCAUCUCAACCAAUCAUAGUCUGGCACCAAUGUCCAGGGCGGGCUCGGGACUCUCUCAGGGGCCCUGCAGCAGAGAAAGAGAUCCAGGUGGUGGAACAAGUCUGCUUAAGAGUCUUAAAGAAGGAACUAUGGAGAGAGGAGUGGGACCUGGCAAAGACAAGGAUCGGUCUACUAGUAAACAGGAGGUGAAGGAAAGACAGCAACAGCAGCAGCAGCAGCAGCAGCAGCAGCAGCAGCAGCAGCAGCAUCACAGCCACCAGGUUGCCCUCCCCACACUCCACCAUCACCACCAUUCCCACUCCCAUCAGCAGCAUCCGCACUAUCCUCAACAUCCGCUGCCCCUGGAGGAGGUCAACAGCCGAGCCCUGGAGAGGCACAAGGCUUCACUCCCGAUGGAGUACACCAAGGAGCCACAAAUUAUGGGCAAGCCUCUGAGUGCUUGCUUGCACAAUGGCAAGAUACAAAAUGGAGAGACGGGAAAUGUGGCCGGGUCUAAAACCUCUAUGCCCAGUUGUGGUGGGGAGGGCGCACCUCUGGGAACUAUUGGAGGUGGAGGAAACGGUCAUGGCAGACAUAUGGGAUCUAGCGGAAAUAGCCGCUGCACCAAAGAAGGGAUAAGUGGGGAGAUGCGGAUUAGCGAACAACCAUCGGACUGCCUAGAAAGGGGUCAGGCACCACUCCACCACUCUUUGUCUUACUCCGUACCCCCACCCUUGCAAUUGGGUUCCACUGGAACGGCACACCCCCAUCCGCACCCGCACACUCACCCCCAUACACAUGCGCACCCGGGUGGCUUCCACUGCCUUCAGCUUCACCCGAGCCACCCACACCAUCCACACCCUUCCCACCAUGCUCACCACCACCCAGAAUUCUUCUGUCCAGCCCCUCCUGCCCCGCUCGGUAACGCUGCCUCGCAUGACAGGGGACAAGCGAAUGCAGGACGUGAACCCAAAGUCACCGGGCCUACAUUUGUGCCGUCUGUGGCAGACACAGGAGAAAAACAUGGUGGGCCGUUCCAGUUUUGUAACCCCGAUUGCCAGAUUGUCGGCAGUGGAAGUGGCAAUACCAAGGACAAAAACGUGGACAAAAAUGGAGGUGGUGGACACCACAGUAAUUGGCAUAGAAAACAACAACAAGAUCAGCAACAGCACUCAUACAGAAAGACUGAGAAGGCUACAGACUGGAUGCAGUCGCACCAUCAUCAUCUCCAAGUCGCUCAACUUCCUCCACCAAUUCAACAGCAGCAACAACAACAACAGCCUCCACAAACACAGAAGCAGCACCAGGCUGUACGCUCACGCAGUGUCGAGUGCGUAAACAAUGCGGUUGACAUGGACAUGUUCAGAUCCUCAUUGACCCAGGUACCCAAGACUGGACACUCUGUCCCCCAUUCUGUCAACACUUCUCCUUACAGGGACUGCUCUCAUCCAGGACCCCCACCAAAUUCCUCCCCACUUGGAAACAAAAACAUGAGUCAGCAUAGCGGUCCGGGCGGUAGCUGCUCCUUACAGAGAGAUGGCCAAAAAGUAGCCAGGAUCCGCCACCAGCAGCACGGACGAUCCGGCCCAGAUGCUCCCCCUUCGGGUGACCUAAACCACGGAACGGUGCAGGAGAUUAAACGAAAGAUGGACAUGUCCGCUUACAGUUACGGCAGUAACAGUGGGCAGCAGCACCACCAGCAGCCCCCUGUGCCGCAAUGGGCUAUGAGACCCACUCAUCACAUGCCACACAGUGAGGAAGAACAGAGAAAGUCCUACAUGGAGUUGGGAACCAGUACUAUGCAACAGUCACAGCAACAGCAGCAGAGAAUGAAUCAGUCUGCUCAGCCAACAUCUGCACCUCCGGUCAGUCAGCAACAGCAGCAGCCACAGCAACAACCUGAGCCCCAAGGCUCAACUCGGGCAGAGAGCAGCGCCAUGAAAAGCUUACUUAAGUACAGCAACCAGCAACAGCCGCAGCUCCUCUCGCAGAAAACCCCCUUUGGUGGUCUCGGGAGCCUAAAAUCGGGCCCUGCUGGAGGCAGCUGCACCCUUCAGAUCAACAAACAGAGUCUACCAUCAAGAAAAGGCCUGGUCAAUGACGGCGAGCGUCCCGAUUACGGGGGACGACAUCGCGACAUCGGGGAAGCGGGCCACGGGGAAGGCGAGGUGCGGCAGCCGCCGGUUGGGAUUGCGGUGGCCGUGGCGAGGCAAAGGGAGCCGUCGUGUCGUUCGGCAGAUGGUCAUUCCGCCAGCCGACAUGGCAGGGUUCAUCCCACUGUCAAAGGACCGCCCCACACCAUGUACCCCCCUGAUCCAACUACUGAGCAGGAGAGGAAAAUGAUGAGUGGGGAACAGAUAAGUCUGACGUGUUUGGACAGGGACCGAGACGCAUACAUCAGAGAUAAUAAGGAGAGGGUGGAGUUUUCAAGGAUCCAUCCCUCCAACAGCUGUCACGGGGACCUCACUUCUCAUCUCGUGGUCCCAGGCGGGACUUCCCUCCAAUCUGGCCAAUUAGCAGACCCUGCUGGGCAUUCUGCUCACCACCACUGGAUGCCAAGAACUGGUAGCCCAUCCCUUUGGAUGACUGGACACUCUUAUGCAGGCAUAGGUCAUACGGCCCUGCACCAGAAUCUUCCCCCUGGUUUCUCCGCAUCCAUGGCAGGCACUCUCCAACCGGUCCUGCCUCUGUCUCAGGAUCCCUCUGCCCAGUUGGUGGUCCUUCCCACAGACGCCCCUGCGCAUCCUGCGCCGCACCACCUUGAUGUGAUGGAACAGCCAGGGCUUUGGCCCCCAGUGUACACCGCCCGGGGCCCGGCCUCCCACAUGCAGCAUCCCACGGUGUACUCGCGAUCCCAGUUUCUACGGCAACAGGAGCUUUACGCUCUCCAGCAGCAUCAACAGCUUCAGCAUCAGCACCAAAGCCACCAGUCGCCGCAAACGCAUGCACAGCCUCAUCAACCCCAGCAGCAACAGCAGCAGCAGCAGCAGCAGCAGCAGCAGCAACAGCAGCACAAACCUGUGCACGGCAUGGAUAUGCAACAACAAGUCCCUCACAAUGCACAGAUGCAAAAGAGGGCAGAUGAAGCCUCUGUUGACCUGGAGGAACUUACCCCCAAACCGAGGACAUCAAAACCAUCCAAGCCCUACUCCUACAACCCCCCUCAAAAGAACACCGCACCCCCUGGAGCCUGCACUGCUCUCUUGUCCCCUUGUUGCCAGUCCCCUUCAAUGUGCCCACAUCCCAAGAGCACUCCCUCAACACCUUGCCCCGCUCCCAGCCCCGCUGUCACGGCGCCCCGCUCUCCUGCGAUCAGUCCAGCCUCGUCCCAGAUGCCCAAGGGGGCCAGCCCCCAGGAUAAGCAAGGUGACGGCCAGGCCCCACAAGAUUACCCAGAAUCCGUUGAGCCUGACCUGCCUCCGGGAUACACCUACUCGGCUGUCACGAUUGGCUACAGAAGCGGGCCUUCUCCUCAGGAUAUCCAGCUUGCAGAGCCAGCCGACCUGGAGGCGAUCCAAUCCGAGCCCUCCGAGCAUGCCCCGCAGUCCCUCUCUAGCAUAGGGGAGGGCCUGGACUGCCAAGUGAUGGUCAGGCCUCGCCCGGAGCCAAUUGCACCCAAGGAAGUAGAGCACAGAGAUGAGAGGAGCAUCAUCAAGGGGGUCCUGGACCACAGGGAGGAGGUGGAGGCAGCAGUGGCGACGGUAGCCAACUACGUAUCAACGGAGAAUGAGGUGGAGGAACAGGGGGCUGCCGAGGAAGACGUGCUUGUCUGCCCCCCUGCUGACAGCCCGGUGUGCGAGGCCGCUUCCUGCCCAGUGCCCCUUUGCGCCGAGGAACCUGAAAGGUCAGAGACCGUCAUCACCUUGGAGGAUGAUGAUGACGACGAUGAUGAGCCCAUGGAUGAGGAGAGCCAGUUGGAGCAUGUUAUGUCAGAAGAGCAGAAGCCAGCACCGGGCACCAUCGCAGAGCUCAACCCGACAUCCCCGGCAGCCCUUGAGGAGCAGUCUGGAUCCACAGAAGAAGUCAAGGACAGCAAGCAAGAGCAGGCCGCCGACAACGCAUCGAUGGAUAUGGUUUGUCUUUCCCCUGCCGGAGCGUCUGUCCCGAGCCCAAGACAGGCGAGUGCUGCCGAAUCCCAGAAACCUCUCGUCCCCUGCUACUGGAGCCUUGAGCUGCUCAUCGCGGCGGCCUUUUGCACAGACAUACCCCCGUUUCCCAUGCUUCCUUCGAACACGCCAUCGGUCGGCCCAUCGCGGCCCAAGCCCUGCCAGGGUAUGGAGCUUCUCAGUGAAGUGGCCGACCUCGAGUUGCAACAGAAAAGGCACAGCAAUGGGGAAAGCAAAGAGGAAGAGGCGCUGAUGUUCGACCUUCACAGCCUCGCAACUCUGGCGACAGCCCGAUCACUGGAGACGAGUUCACAGGGAGGCGACAGUGCGCGUUUGGGUCGACAAUACUCAGCCCGCAAGACCGUCAACUUGCGUCGAAAAUGCAGCUGGACACCGCGCAACGAACCAGUGUGCCAAGCUAAAGGCAGUAUGGAAACGAUGGACGGCCCUGAGCUUGAAAUGCGUGUCAAGUUGGCUGAGCUUCAGCGUCACUACAAAGAAAAGCAGAGGGAGCUGGCUAAGCUACAGAGGAAACACGAUCACCAAAAAGAAGAAACGCCACGUAGCCCAGCACGGAGAGGACCGGGACGACCCAGGAAGAAGAAGCCCAUCCUCCCCACAAGCUCGGCGUCGUCCGAGGGCCAAAGAAAAGUCAAGCCGAUGGUGGCGGGGCAUUCCCUGACGCUUGAGGAGUUAGGAGGGGGAGGAGAGAGCCAGAGAAGGAAGAAGAGGCUGUCCGCUCGAGGGUUUGAGCAACUCGGCAGCGCACAGAUAAAAGCUCAAGGUUGCAGAAAAGGUGGUCCUCAAAGUGUUCUGGGCUCCAAGUUGGCUGCCGACGUGGCACAGCUCAAACAGAAGAGCCAGAGUAAAAAGAUUCUCGCGGGGAUGCACUACCGGGACAAGGACGUUUCACCGUGCAACUCAAAGCACGGACACAGAAGUCAGGGGAACAGGCGAGAAUCCGGGGGACACAGCGACACAGCAGGAAGCGUUGACAGCGGCACUCAGGAGUACUGGGCUGGGGAUCUGCACCGUGGAUCUAAAAAAGCAACGCAUGAUUCCGGUGGUCACAAAAAGACCGGAGCCAGGGGUAACCGUGGACAGAGACUGGAGUCGUUGGGAGAAAGUUCCAAUCCUGAGAGUGACUCCUCAGAACAAGCAGAGGAAGAGGAGGAGGGAAGUAUUGAUAGUGAUGAAGUUCAAGAUCCAAGACCCCAACCAGCAAGAGAUGUGACAUCCAGCUCUCCUGUGACAGGGCCGAGUCCUUCGUCCAUUGUAAAACUGGAGGCCAAUCAGAAAGCCAGGAACAAAAAACAGAGACAGGAGCUUUACGGCUCCCUUACACUUUGCGGCAUAGACGGGGAGGUCAAAGUGCGAAAGAAGAAUCCCUGCAGGUUGAGCCUGGCCAGUCCGGUCAAAAUUCGCCAUCAGGACCACACCACAGAGGGGGUUAGGAAACCAUGUGCACCCAGGUCCAAAGAGCCUCGGUGGGGGAGCCACGGCAACAGAGGCAGCCGUUUCCGUCGUAGCAUGGGGCUGCCUCCCUUUCCGACAACGAGCGAGAGGUUAAAGAGGGCUACACGUAAAAGCACCAUGUUGAGAGGAACAGUUAAUAAGCGGAGAAAUUGCUGGGCCGCAGUCUCAAAGAGCGAGGACGGCGGCAGAUGCAGAACAGUCGAGGAGCAACAGGCGAAAGGUCGAGCAGUUAGUCGGCUCCUAGAAAGCUUUGCGGCUGACGAGGGCUUUCAGAUGGACGGCGGCAGCUUCUCGGAAGAGGAGGCGGACGACAACGGUGAUUCGUGUUCCAAAACCCCUGAAGUUCCUAAUUGUGUCUUGACGAAAGAACUGUUAACGGACGGACUGAAGAUUCUGGUCUCAAAGGAAGAUGAGCUUCUGUACGCGGCCAGGAUCCACACCAUGGAUUUGCCAGAUAUAUUUAGUGUUACAAUUGAUGGGGAAAGAGGAAACCGUGCAAAGAUCUAUUCUUUGGAGCAAAUUCUUCGGGAAGCCGUCCUCGAUGUACGGCCAGAUUCAGAGGCUCUGUUGAGUGAUGGAACCAGGGUGUGCGCUUACUGGAGUGAACGCUCACGCUGCUUGUACCCAGGUUAUGUUCGCAGAGGGAUUUCAACCGAUGAGGCGAAGCCAGGAGUGAUGGUGGAGUUUGAUGACGGAGAUCGAGGGAAGAUUUCUGUCCCAAACAUCCGCCUUCUGCCUCCGGGAUAUCAAAUUCACUGUGAGGAGACAUCUCCUGCUGUGUUCGUACCCAGUGGGAGUCAGGUCAAGAAAAGCCCCAGUUUCAAACAUGCAUCGGGUGACAGACACAACACUGUCAAUAUGGUCAAAAACAACCAAAUGCUAACCCUCCAAAAAAGAAGACCAGGGAGACCAAAGGGAUCUGGGAAAAAGCAAAAACAACAACAGCUAGCCGAAAAUGCCAAUAAAAAGUCUCCUCUUUUUGUGGCUUGGCCUUCAUUGACCGGAACCAGGAAGAGGACUUCCCACAAUCUAUUUCAGCUCAAUGGGACACCAAGAAAAGCCUUGAGAUUGAGGGAGGAUGACUCAUUUGGCUUGAAUCAGAUCCAGCCCUCCGUCUCAACCCAAUCCAAAGGGCUUUUCAGCAGUAGCUCCUUUGAGGUGGACUCGUUCAGUAGCAUUGCAAAUGGCUACUCCCCCUUCUGUACCAAGUCUACAGGAUCACGUCCAGAUUCAUCCGUUGGUCCUAGAAGUGGUCUUUAUGGACAGAGACAAAGACAAGAUGACUUGGUAGUACCGAGGGGAAAGAAGUCAGGACAAGAAUUUCCAAUCAAGUUAGACCAUGAAGGAGUAACCUCCCCAAAGACCAAGAACAGCAAGGCUUUAUUGCUACAAGGUGGCUCUUCCGGGGUUAGCGGAAUGCCCAAGACGGAGGUUUACUCACAUCCGGUCCUUCUGGUUAAAGACAACAAAAAGGGGGAUAACUCUAGAGUUGAACUUCUCAAAGGAACCACGCCUCAAAGAAAGCCUUCCACUUCAUUGCAUCUAGGAGAAUAUGGAGACUUGGGCUUCAGUUCGCACCGAGAAUGUCAUAGCUCCUACUCUGACCUGGAUGAUGAAGAGGAAGAAGAGCAGGACAGGAAAAGGAGUGCACUUGCAUUAGUUUCGGGAGGUUUAAGGACUGCGGGGCAUUUCCUCUCUCAUAUGUCAGUUUCAUCCUCUUCUUCUGGUACAUCCAGUUCCUCUUCAUCAGGUUCAAUAUCAAGCUCCAGUCUUUGUUCCUCCGACAACGACUCCUCCUACAGCUCAGACGAUGAGGAAAGUUCUACACUAAUGCUUCAGAACUGCCUGUCCUCUCACCGGGGAGUCCUACAAUCCAGCGAACCCUCCACUUCCUCACGGCAACAUUCAUUUGUGGCUAAAGCGUUGGCUGUUUCCAAUACCAAAAGAUCACCCGAUGAACACGUCUCCAACAGUAAAUCUCUUAAGAGGAAAGAGUGCAACAGUUCAAUCUCUAAGUCAUCUCGAGACUUUGUGAAGAAACCGAGAAUGCAACCAGAUGACAUUUCAUAUAUUUCGAGGCCCAAGGUGUCCGCAUUCCUUGCAGGACGCCAGAUGUGGAGGUGGUGUGGCAGCCCGACACAGCGGCGAGGCGUAAAAGGCAAGGCCAAGAAGCUUUUCUACAAGGCCAUCGUGAGAGGAAAGGAGGCAGUAAAAGUAGGAGACUGUGCCGUUUUCCUCUCAGCCGGACGGCCUAAUCUACCAUACAUUGGCAAAAUCGAGAAUUUCUGGGAGUCUUGGACCUCGAGCAUGGUAGUCAAAGUCAAGUGGUUCUACCACCCCGAAGAGACCAAGCAAGGAAAGAGGCAGCGAGAUGGCAAGCACGCCCUGUACCAGUCAUGUCACGAGGACGAAAAUGACGUUCAGACAAUCUCGCACAAGUGCCAGGUUGUGAGUAGGGAGGAAUAUGAGAGUCUGACACGCAAUCAGAAGCUGAACAGCACCUCUCCAGACCUGUAUUACCUGGCUGGGACGUACGACCCCACCACUGGUCAACUGGUCACUGCUGAAGGGGUUUCGAUCCUGUGCUGAACCUUUCGAAGGAAACAAAACUACUGAAGAACUCCUUGCCGGAAAUAUUAACGUCCAUUACUUUACGUAGAAGACUCUCCAAGCCUUGUAAAGUGACAUCUGUUGCUUGGUUUACGGCUGUCUGUCUUGAGAUUACACACUGGAAACGAUUGGGAUCAAACCUUCAUGGAAGAGAUUUUGACUUCCGUUACUUGGUCCUUUGAAGAAAAAUGGCUAAACUCUGGGUCUUCCUGUGCAUCGUAGCCAUAAAAAAAAAAAAAAAUAAAAAAAAUGGUGUUACAUUGGUCAAACAGUCCCCUAGACCCUGCUUCUGUCAUGUGGUACCAGAACAGAGCUGGGCCCAGAACCACAAGGCAAUGGGUCUCUCAGGACCAAUUCGAUUAAGGUAGCCUUACCUAAACUAAGAAGUGAAAGCGAGACUUGGGACUCUCCCAAAGCCUCCUCAUUCCAGGGAAGUUGAAAAAUGUAUAAAGUUGAUGUCUGUAAAUAUUUUGAAACUGAUCCAAAUCAAGCCAUACACUUCAGUACCUCUCACCUGUCUUCACUGUUCAGGUGUACAGAUUGUCCAGAUGGAUUAUUGUAUUGUCGUCUGUUGUAUAUAAAGUAUGUACAGAAAAGCUAUUUUAUACAGGAUUAUAUUGUAUAUACGAGAUCGUAUCUUUCCAUGUUUGCAAUUGAUUUAUUUUUAUAUGUGUAUAGAUUCUUGUUGGCUUUUUUUUUCCUUCCUUCCUUUCUUUCCUUCGCUUUGGGAGCUCACGAUUGAAGAUGUUGGUGUUGCACUACGUACGUACGCCCUGCUGAGACAGAAACAGACAGCACAGAAAGAGAGAGAGAAGGAUUUGGUGUAUAACAGGGCAAGACUCGCUCUCUGAGAGAUUUCGAGUCAUCCUGUUUUAAAAAGGUCAAGUGGCUUUUUUUUUUUUUUUUUUUUUUUGUAAAUGUUCAGUUACAAUUUUUUUUUUUCCUUUAAUUUUAUUUAUGUACUUUUUAAGUUUUAGGAGACUGCGAUCAUUCAUACUGCUUUAAGAUAUGAAUGACAGUUGUGUCAUCACUAAUCAUGUCCGUACAAAUUAAUUUAGAACAAGACCGGGCCUUUUAACGAGAUCAUGUGCGACAUCCUUAAUACAUACCAAAGUGGCUUUAGUAUCUUUAUUUCGAUUGAACACACGCAAAGCAUUGGAUUGGAAUCGCAAAUCAUGGCUAACGUCUUCUCCCAACACUCCUCCACCGUGUCCGUAUUGAAUCUGCAAUGGAACAACGGCUUCUUGCACUUGUACCUGCGGUUUUGUUUAGUGCAAAAACAUUGAGGAGGAGGGUUGGGGGGGGGGGGGGGGGGAAAUAGCCUGCCAGGGGAGCUCGAUCAUGAAUGUCCAGGUACUGACAAAAUACGACAUUGAACAGUUUGAACAUCCUGCAUCUAUUUUGUACAGUACAUGCGCAUACUCGUUACUAACUGUGAAGGACAAUCAGAUUCACAAAGCAAUGGACAAAGUUCAUUCAAUCUGAAAACGAUUUUGAUUUGAGUUGUGCCAAGUACCUUUUGUCUACUUUGGUCUUGUUUUAUAUCCUGACUCUUGUAUUCGCAAAGGUUUAUUUUGUUUGCCAACACUUAUUUAUUUUCACGUCAACGUUGCUGUUUGUUGGAGGCAAAGAGCGCUUUAUGAGAAUGUGACAUUGUUUUUAAAAAUCAUUGUGAUGUCGCAUUUUGCAUUUCUUAAAUAAAAGUGGUCUUCUAGAGGCCAAACGGUGAAAAGAAAUAAAAACACUGGAUUGUUCUC